GCGCAGUCGGCUACAAACGUGCGUGCGCAGUCUCAGCUUUCAUUCAUAAAUAGGAUGAAAAACUUGGAGAUGUAUUAAUAAUCUAUUCUUAAUUGCCAAGACAACAUGAAUUGGCGAUUAAAGUGGUGAAAGGUGUGGAUGAACAGGUGGGUGAAGAGACUAGGAUUAUCCAACCGACAAUCAUCAUUGGAAGUGUAAUUUUAUCAACAAUGACUGAUCAAGAAGGGAACAAUAACCUCUCCAUGAGAGAGACACUUAUUAGCACAGCGGUCAAGUUUCUCCAGAAUCCAAAGGUAUCAUCUAGUCCCCUGAAACAGAGGCAGGAGUUCCUGAGGAGAAAGGGCUUAUCUGAGGAUGAAAUCAGAAAGGCCUGUGACCUGGCUGGUCUUGCAGAGCCAGUCAACGAUUUCACCAGUGUCAUGAUACCCCAGAAUUACAUGUAUCAAGGGUAUGGGCACCAGCUGGUGCAGCCUACUCUUCUCCACAGGAUUAAGGAAUUUUUCAACACUGCGGCUCUUAUUGGCGCAACGUUUUACUGCUUGUACUGGUUUUACAAGAAAUUCAUUCAGCCACUUCUAUUCGGUCGUAAGAAGGACUCGAUAAAAGACACAGUAGAAGACCUUGAAAAGACAGUGAAGGAUUCUCUCACAGAGGUCAAGGAAUCAAUUUCAAAGGUGGAGACAAGCGUGAAGAAAAUGUCGCAGCACCAAGCCCCAGACCCAACGAUUCCUCACCUUGUUCAGGAGUUGAAGCAGGAUUUGGCGAGUCUCAAGGGACUUCUGCUGUCAAGAAAGCAAUUCCCCAGUGCUCCACCUUCCAUUCCCCCCUGGCAGCUCGAAGCCUCGGCUCAGAGUCGAGACAAGGCUGGGGAACGCGAGGACGAUGCUGGCAGUGGAAGCAGUACCAAUAAUUCCGACAGUUCGCUCGAGAUGAUUCGAGAGGACCCUCCUAAGUAGACUUUAAAAUAAUUUUAUAGAGUUCAGGGGGAAGAUGUGGAGCUUUUCGAGGUAAUGUUUUUUUUGGAAUUACAUAAUUAUUUAUGAAGUGAGAUGAAUAGGGGGUAAAUGUGGAGGAAAAUAUUUCUUGUAUUCUUGUGGCUCAUUGUACUUUAAAGAAAGGUUGGUUAUGGGAUGAUAGGAAAUUCAUGGACUCGAAUAAUUCCACAAUUUUUCACAACGAAUUCAUUUUCCAUUUUAGUCAGGGCUCUGUGUUAUAAUUUUUACAUGAAUUGAGGAUGGUCAAUGAUUUUAUACUAUAAUUUAGGUAUUCGUUUUGUAUAUAAUGGGGGUGAAAAGACUACUGUAUGCUCAAUGCGUAUUAUUCACAGGAAUUGGUUUUUUUCUCCUACAAAACUGUCGACGAUAUUCGUUAUAAUUGAAUAAAUGAUUGAGUAUUUUUCAACUA